AUGGCCGUAAAUGACGGCAUCGAAGUCCGCGGCACCAAGGGCGGCGACAAGGGCGGCCGUUCCAUCCACGCAACCCGCCGUUUCAAGCCCGGCGACGUCAUCGCCUGCUUCGAAGAACCGGCCGUCGUGCUCCCGCCUGGCCACCGCGCGCUCGAGUACUGUAACCACUGUCUUAAGAAGCAGCAGCCGGGUGGUCCGAAGCUCCGGGCAUGUACGGGGUGCAAAACGGUGGCCUACUGCGGUCCAGCGUGCCAGCGGGCCAACUGGUCUCUGGUACAUAAACUCGAGUGCAAGGCCAUCCAGCGGCUGCACGAAAUCAAGCCAGCGGACGAGCCGGCCUGGGUGCCGACGCCGAUCAGGGCGGCGGCGCAGGUCAUGCUGCGACCGCAUGUGCUAGCGCAGUUCGGGGAGCUAGAGGGGCAUGUCGAGCAGUGGAGAAAGAAGAGUGAGACGGAUCUGCAGCUUCAGUCGCAUGGUGUUGUGAGGUGCCUUGGGUUGGACAUGGGCACUUUUGAAGCGCUAGAGGCAGCUUUUCAGGUUUUGUGCAAGCUUCAGACGAAUGCGUUCAGCCGGUCGGAGGAAUACUACGAAACUGGCGGUGUUUUCUUGGACACUACACUGGCCAUGAUCAACCACUCAUGUGUGCCAAAUGCGCUGGUUCAAUUUGGUGGCAGGACGGCUACACUCCGUUCCGCAUCGUUCAUACACCCUGGCAGUGAGAUUGAAAUCUCAUACAUUGACCAAACACAGCCCAAGAGCAGAAGACAACACGAACUCAGUCUUUACCACUUCGAGUGUCAUUGCAGCAAAUGCCAGCACGAUCUAGACGAAUACCAGGUCGCUAUGGCAGAUCCUGCGGUUGAGCUUAACACGCUCAGUGUCAUGCCCGAAAUUGAGAGACUCAAGAAUCCUCCCGGAGGUGGCAACUCUGAUCCCCUACAGGGAGCAGAGGUUAUGAAGCUCCAGAAUGUCUUCCCUGUGCUUCCUCGUAGUAUGAUGUCAAACGAGAAGCACAAAUGGCUGAGGAAAGCUUACAAGACAGCACUAUGGUUUCCCAAAGUUGGCAAAUACGCCAUCGAGCCAUUCGCACAGCUUGUGGAUGAGGCUGCUUUCUAUUUCGGCAAGGAUCGUAAUAACCACGAGUGCGCCUUGGCAAUCGCAUGCUUGUCAGCUUACGAGAUCGAGCCGUUCAAGCAUGUUAUCCCGUUUCACCCCCAGAGACUGAAGGGCUUGUCCUCAAUCGCAAUCGCGCUGUCCAAUACUGCGCCAAACCCAACCAAGCUCACGGAGCUCGCCCGAGACAUGGCCGAGACGAAGAGGCUUUCGAAAGCAGGUGUUAAGGUUCUAGAAAACCUGGACCAAGUCUCCUUGUGUCAGAUGGUUCUUGCGAUAAUCGAUAUGUGUAGCCAUCAAGCGCCGUCGGCCGACUGGGAAGUCGUUAUCUUGGCCAAGGGGAUGCUCAGCGAUAUUGAAAGUCUACCAGGCCGAGAAAAGGAGAACGCUUUAAUCAAUGCGUGGAGAAAGGACCCCAAGGAGAUGGAGGAUUUCUUCAAAUACAGUUUGACGGAGCCGAUCAAAACGCUGUCCGAGCUUGGGAAAGCUGUGUUAGAUGUAGACCUGGGCCAGGACCGCGAUUUAUCCACCUAA